UAGCAGUGCAUCACCAUCCAUUUACUGACAUGACGUUAGUAAAGUUGUGUUGCCAUGGAAUAUGCUAAAAUUUUUAUUCUCUUUUAUUGUGUGUUUUAUUUUGCACAUUCAAGUCCCGUAAAUGAUGAAGAGGAAGAAAUCCGGAAGCUUCUUCUAGAAUUUGGUAUCCAACUACACGAUGCGACCUCAAAGGAGAAAGCGAUGGCAUAUAGGAUUAUUCACGAACGAGACUCGGCAAAAAAAGAACUUUCAGCUAUAGUAAAAGCUGAACGAGAAUCAGUAAAUAAAGAACUUUCUGACAAAGUAAAAGCUGAACGAGAAUCGGUAAAUAAAGAACUUUCUGACAAAGUAAAAGCUGAGACAGAAAAGGAAUUACUUAUGCACGACUACUUGAAACUAUUAGCUUUGGGACAAAUCCAAUCAAGACUAAAUUUGAUAAAAUCGCUAUGUGACGAUGACGAUGCCCCAAAAGGGCAAAGUGCUGCGGAAACAUGGUUGAACAUUUUGAAACAUUCAGAGAUGCCGCAUGCAUUUCAGUUGCGCUUGAGGUUAAAAGCAGCAGGAUUAGCGUACAACGUAUUCGCAAAACAUGCUCAGACUUUCGAGGAAGACAUAAAGACGGAUCGACACCCAGAGUUUAGGAAGAGACUAUCAGAAAAAGAUGUCGAAAUAGCUUUCGAGGACAUAGCAAUGGAGCCGUCAAUGAAGGACGCGGCAUCAGUUAUUUUGGUGCAGUUUCCAAGAAACACUGUGACGUUUCAGGAUCCCGAUGGCCUUCUUAUUAGUACAUUUGAAUGCGUUGAGUUCACAAAAGUCCCAGGAGGCACACGGCUUAGCAAUUUGAUAAAUGCUAUUCUUGAGUUGACCACCGAAGAAAAAGAGCAGAUUUUGGCAAACCCCAUCUUAAAUGAAAGAGGCGAGUUCUUGGGGAAUACAGUGAUGUGUUUUCAAGACCAUGACACGGCUUACAAAUUUUGGAAUAAGACCGAGGUGGUAACGUUAAAACAAAAAGAUGUAAUUAUGAAUGUUGGUUUCCGAAUGAGUGAAAAGACAAAAUCAGAAUGGUUUCCGUCUAAUUCUGACGCAGGUACAGCCGGUACAGGAUAAGCUCAAUAGGGGAAAGUAAGUUGAAAAUUUCAAAAUUGGAAGAACGAUCUAAAAUCUUCUAUUUUUGCAGCUUAUUCCAUUUUCAUGGUACACGUGAGAAUCUUCAACUUUUGCAGGAGGCUGCAGAGUGACUUUAUGGUGGUUUCUAUGAAUUCGGGGGGGGGGGGGGAGAGUCAACUUGGAAAAUUCAAAAGAAGGUUUGACUAAUUUUCUGCAAAUAUGAGCGAUUUUGGAAUUUUUUUGAAAUUUGAACUUAUUUAGCUUAUAAAAAAAUACACUUUUUACCCCCUAA